AUGCCCACAGAUGCUGAGCAACAGCAUAAGGACCAGAUCACGACCAUCUCCAUCUUCAUUGGCAUUGGCAUUGGCAUUCUUCUCUUGGUCGCUGUCUGCAUCAUCUGCAGCAAGCACCACCACCGCAUCGCCAUCCCACUCGUCAUCCCCCACCGGAAUCACCAGCACCAUCACGGUACACCACUACCUUCGCAUGCUGGACUCAGCAAGGUAGAGAUCGCCCUCAUCCCCACCUUCACCUACAAAAGCCCCACCACUGCCAUGAAUUCCUUAGGCUCACCGGCAGUGGUUCCGAACUGUGCAGUGUGUCUGAGCCCUGUGGCGGAGGGGGAGAUGGUGAGGCAGUUGCUUGUCUGCAACCAUUUGUUUCAUGUUGAGUGUGUGGAUUUGUGGUUGUUCUCAAACCCCACGUGCCCGCUUUGCCGAACGAAUGCUAAAGCACCGGCGGCGGAUCUGCCAGAGAAGGCAGAGGAUACAUUGCCUUCGCCGGUGCUCAUCCAGAAUUCACCAAGUUUAGCUGUUUGA